CUGCAUCUUUCUCCACUUGAAAGGGGGUUUGGGGACUCGGGAGAGGGACACACUCACUCUUCCUACUAUAAAUACAAUCUUUUAUUUUUAUUUUUAUUUUUUCAGUUGAAACUCAAUCUCACUGUCCCUUCCUUCCUCCAAAUCUCUGUGCCCUAGAUCCUUGGCUUCCCUACCCAUAUUCUAGAUCACUGUAUCUGGGGUGUUCAAUCCCUUGCCGCGAGACUAGUUCUUCCAGUGGUGUCUCUGCCGCAUAGGAGUAAUUAUUUUCGAUGUACUGGUAGUGAAAUGAAGAUUCUGAGCGUUUCUUUAUUUAUUUUUUAAUAUUUGCGUGAUUCGAGGGUUUGGGUUUAUGCAAUGGGUUUCGUUUGUUGGUGAUCUGGUUUCAUUUCUAGCUUGUGAAGUAGAAGGGUUUAUAGAGAAGUGAUAUUCCAGUGCAAAAAAAAAAAAAAAAAAGGGCCAUUUUUCAAGGCAUUGCGGAUUGAUUUUCACUCAGUUCUGCGAGAAUUUUGAAGAAUUUAGGGUUUCUGCUUCUUCCAAAGCUGUAACUUUCUGGGUUGUGAAUUGGUGGCUUUCAUGGUAAUACUGUGUUUUUUGGUUGGAACUCCAUGCUUCUUUAAAGUACUAUUUAGAAAUUAAAUUGUCAAAUAUGGGCUUGGAAGACGAGGAAAGCAGGACAAAAAUGGCAGAUUUGAGGGGUGAACAUUGAUUCAGGAGAAAGAUUUUUUGUGGGGGGUGGUUUUGGUGCAUAAUGGGUUGCAAUUGUUGCAAGCCCUCUGCUAUUGAGGAUAGCAAGGAGAGCCCGAGGGAGAGGUUCUCGAAGGCCCCGUCGGACUUGCGGGCGUCGAGGGCGACCUCUUCCAGACGGGAGGAAGUGCAUCGAGCCAAGGAUCGGUAUGACAGUAAUGAUGGGAGGACAACGUUGAUAGACAAGCACGCGAAUGGUUCGGUCCGGUUACACAGUGAACAUUUGGAGAGGAAGAGGGAGAAAAUGGAGUAUCUUGUUGCUCAACAUCCGGGAUUGGGUAGUGUUCCAAAAGCUACGGAAGGGGAGCAGGUUGCAGCAGGAUGGCCUUCGUGGCUGGCUGCAGUGGCUGGAGAGGCUAUUAGAGGAUGGACUCCACGGCGUGCUGAUUCUUUUCAAAAGCUGGAUAAAAUUGGCCAGGGAACUUACAGUAAUGUUUAUAUGGCUCGUGACCUUGAACAUAAUAAAACUGUUGCUUUAAAGAAAGUAAGGUUUGAUAACCUGGAACCUGAAAGUGUUCGCUUUAUGGCUAGGGAAAUUCACAUUCUGCGUAGGCUUGAUCAUCCAAAUGUGAUAAAACUGGAAGGUCUAGUUACAUCAAGGAUGUCUUGCAGCUUGUACCUUGUUUUUGAGUACAUGGAGCAUGAUUUGGCAGGCCUUGCUUCACACCCUGGUCUGAAAUUUACAGAAGCACAGGUUAAAUGUUACACACAGCAACUUUUACAGGGACUUGAUCAUUGCCACAGCCGUGGCGUUCUGCAUCGUGACAUAAAGGGUUCCAACCUUCUGAUUGACAACAAGGGCAUCUUGAAGAUUGCAGACUUUGGUCUUGCAAGUUUUUUUGAUCCCCAUCAAAAUCAGCCACUGACAAGCCGUGUUGUAACUCUUUGGUACCGGCCACCAGAGCUUUUACUUGGAGCUACUUACUACAGAACUGCUGUGGAUUUAUGGAGUGCUGGUUGCAUACUUGCUGAAUUAUAUGCUGGCAAGCCUAUUAUGCCAGGAAGAACUGAGGUGGAGCAAUUGCAUAAAAUUUUCAAACUUUGUGGUUCUCCAUCUGAGGAUUAUUGGAGAAAAUCUAAAUUGCCUCAUGCAACCAUAUUUAAGCCUCAGCAACCUUAUAGACGCUGUGUUGCAGAAACAUUUAAGGAUUUCCCUGCACCUGCAUUAUCAUUGAUAGAGACUUUACUUUCCAUAGAUCCUACUGACCGUGGAUCUGCAGCUUCUGCUCUCAAUAGCGAGUUCUUUACAACAAAACCACUUCCUUGCGAUCCUGCCAGCUUGCCAAAGUAUCCUCCUAGCAAAGAGUUUGAUGCAAAAGUGCGGGAUGAAGCCAGAAGACAAGGAGCAGCAGGAAGCAAAGGCCAGAGACUGGACCUUGAAAGGAGAGGAACAAGGGAUUCUCGAGCGGUCCCAGCACCUGAUGCCAAUGCUGAAUUAGUAUUGUCGAUGCAGAAAAGACAAGCUCAGUCGAACUCGAAGAGCCGGAGUGAAAAGUUUAAUCCUCAUCAGGAAGACGUUGCCUCUGGCUUUCCAAUUGAUCCACCUAGACCAUCACAAGCUGUUGAAGGAAGCAUAGAACCCCAGGAACAUCAUCAUAAGAGAGCCUCCCAUUCAGGGCCACUGACUCACAGGGCUGCGUGGGCAAAGGCCGGCAAGAACCUGGAUGAUGCAGCAAAGAUGUCAACUGGGGCUGACUUGUCAACAAUAUCAGGUUUUGUGGAAGCAAGGAGGAUGUCUGAGGAUCGCAGACAAAGGUCUAGUUCUUCGCAGCCAGAAGUUGCAAAAUUUAUAGGCAGAUUUCCUGGAUCCUUUAAGGAGGGCUCAGAAUCCGUGACACAACAUGAUCAAAAGCAUCCUUCACUAGGAAUUGCAGGUUCUCAUAAAAAAGAAGAUGCAAAAAUCGGUGGCAAAGAUCCAAUUCUCCUCGGUUAUGGAUCGAAGGGUCACAAAAUACACUACUCUGGUCCAUUGCUAGUUCCAUCGGGCAACAUGGAUCAGAUGCUGAAGGACCAUGAUCGCCAGAUCCAGGAAGCUGUGAGACGAGCACGCAUUGACAAGGCAAAGGUCAGAAAAGUUCAGGCUGAAGGGAAUAAAAUUUCAACCAGUUCAUUAUUUGUUUCUGGCCGUUAAACUGGUCAAUGUAAACCCCAAAUGAACCUGACCAUCCUCAGGAAGAUCAGUGCACGCAAUUUGGCUGAUGAUUUUCUCCUGCAAUAUAAGUUAAUUAUUGGC